AUGACGAAUUGUCAAUUUCCAUGCAGAGUAUGCGGUCAGAAGGCGCAUGGAAAUCAUUUUGGCGUUUAUAGCUGUCGCGCCUGUGCCGCGUUUUUUCGAAGAACGGCGACAUCGAAAUGGGUCCACAAGAAGUGUCGUAAUGGACAUGAAGAGAAGACGUGCAUUUGUAAAACGUGCCGCCUGAAAAAAUGCCUGGAAGCUGGAAUGAGAACGGAAAAAUUCCAAUACAACCGUGACGCAAUUCUGCUCGCUGAAACUUCCAUAACCCCUAGCAUGUCCUAUUUCGUAGGUCGCCCUGAAUUUUUGCUAUUCUGCGAUCCUGAGAUUCCCACAUAUUCAAGAUUCAAUCCGAAAAUUAUAAUUGAUGUGAACCACUUGAUUUCUGAAGCGGCACGUCUUCUGGACCUGGGUAAUUCGACACCAUAUCAGGCGGAAAAUCAACUGAAAAAACUGGCACUCGGAUUUAACUUGAUAAAAUUGGACACCGAGAAUGUGAAGUUUUAUGGGAAAAUUGGACAGACCGAAUUCAUGGAUAUUAUUGAAUAUUAUUUUGUAAAAGUCUCCAAAUGGAUCAUGCACUUUGACGGGUUUCAGAAGUUAGAGAAAACUGUUCAGAUGAAAAUCCUGCAAGCAAUCUGGCACGUGUGGAGUAAAAUUCACAAGUGCUCCAGUACAGCAAUGUACCGAAAAUCGCAUCAUGGAGCUCGAAAAAUGCACAAAAUCAUAAGAAAUACGGUGAUGGAUAGGGAGAAGGCGAAAAUGGAUUUGAGUUGGAUGAGUGAUUAUCCAGAGGAGUAUGUGAUAAGGUAG